GCGCAACUGAGGAAGCAGAGCAAAUAGGGGAUAAUCAAAAUGGCGGUAAGCAAUCGUGGUAGGAACAUACAGGCAAUGAAUAUAACAUCGUUAUUUAGUCGUAUUCAUGGUGCUUUUUCUGAAGCUAUGGCCACUCCAAAGUUUGUGAUAGAUCGUAGAACUAUUGAAAAGACUUGGAAAUUAAUGGAUAAAGUGGUGAAAUUGUGCCAACAUCCGAAAAUGAACUUGAAAAAUAGCCCUCCGUUUAUUUUAGACAUCCUUCCUGACACGUAUCAACACCUCCGCACGAUUUACCAUAAGCAUGAAGAUAAAAUGUCCGUACUCAAUGAAAAUGAAUAUUUUCGAAUUUUUAUAGACAAUUUAAACCGGAAGUGUAAGCAAGCCAUAAAACUUUUUAAAGAAGGAAAAGAAAAAAUGUUCGACGAAUCUUCGCACUAUCGACGAAACUUAAUAAAACUUAGUUUGGUGUUUAGUCACAUGUUAUCUGAACUAAAAGCAAUAUAUCCUAAUGGUAGUUUUUCCGGGGAUGGUUUUAGAAUUACUAAAAGUGAUGCCGCUGAAUUCUGGAGGACUGCCUUUCAAGAUAGCACAAUAGUUCCAUGGCGGUUGUUUAGACAGACUCUUCAUCAGGUUCAUCCAAUUAGUUCUGGUUUAGAGGCAAUGGCAUUGAAGUCUACAAUAGACCUUACUUGUAACGAUUACAUAUCCAAUUUUGAAUUUGAUGUUUUCACCAGACUUUUCCAACCAUGGUCUACACUUUUACGCAAUUGGCAAAUACUUGCUGUUACACAUCCUGGUUAUGUUGCUUUUUUGACAUACGAUGAAGUUAAAGCUCGACUUCAAAACUACAUUAGUAAACCUGGGAGCUAUGUUUUUCGCUUGAGCUGCACUAGACUUGGCCAAUGGGCAAUUGGUUAUGUCACAGGUGAAGGCAAUAUUUUACAGACCAUUCCUCAAAAUAAGUCACUAUGUCAGGCACUGUUAGAUGGGUAUCGGGAAGGCUUCUACCUAUAUCCUGAUGGCAGAAAUAUGAAUCCUGAUUUAAGUUGGGCGGUUCAAGCAACACCUGAGGAUCAUAUUAAAGUCACACAAGAGCAAUAUGAGCUAUAUUGUGAAAUGGGGUCCACGUUUCAGCUGUGCAAAAUUUGUGCUGAAAAUGAUAAAGACAUCCGUAUUGAGCCUUGUGGUCAUUUGUUAUGCACACCUUGUUUGACGUCUUGGCAGGAUUCCGAGGGUCAAGGAUGUCCGUUCUGUAGGGCAGAAAUCAAAGGAACAGAGCAAGUUGUAGUAGAUCCUUUUGAUCCUACUGGAAGGACAUUUAAACGUAGUGAUGGGCAUCCUUCACAUCUAGGAAACUUAGCUGAUUACGAUGAGGAUGAAAAUUUUGAGGAUCCUAAUACGUGGACAUCUUGUCUUCAAGCCCUGGCUCUGUCUCCAAGAGCUGAUGUUUCUGAUGGUAGUCGUUCUAACAGUCGUUCUCCUAUGGUGUCCCCCAAAGCAUCACCUCAGUCCUCAAGAAGGCCACCUAAUGCAGCACCUCCACCAGUUCCACCAAGACAUACAUCACCAACAGAUACACCAGGACAAUCCCCUGGUUCAUCUCCUAGUGGAAUCAAGGAAGAUUCUGGUAGUGGUUCAUCUAUUACUGUAACUGUAUCGCCUUCAGGAUCUCCUGAUGGAUCAGGAGUUAGUGUCUCAUAUUCAGAAAUAGCUCAUGGGAAGACAACAAACAGUGGAUGUGGCACGUGGCCAAGGCCUUCUCCUGGAGGUGGAGCUCCUACUACUCUUUCUCCCCCGUCCUCUUCCGUAGAACCUUCACCCUCCACUACUCCAGUCACUCCAUCUGUGCUGUAUGCAGACUUAGCCCAGAUUCGUGAAGAACUUUCAGAACCAAGUUACGCCAACACAGAAAUCACAUCCAAUCAUGCCGGGUCUCAAGUUAAUCGAACCUCCAUCGAAGUUGGUUUACCAUCUUCAUCUUCACCCCAACAAGCUCUUGCCCAUAUUUCAAAACUAGAAAAGAGGUUUCGGUUUGGAAAACCUCUAGAUGCUCUUGAAAACAAAGAGAACAAUAGAGUUAGUUACGAAAAUUUGCACAUGGACCAUAUAGCAGCACUAAUAGGUGAAGGAUAUGCACAAAAUGAAGUUAUCCGAGCAUUAGGUAUAGCUAGAAAUGACCUUCAGAUGGCAAGGGAUAUAUUACAUGAGUUUGUAACUAAGCGGAAAUGAAAUGUCAAAGCUUUUCAAGGGCUUUUUUAAAACUAGUCAAUUUUCCAAGUCAAACAUACCAUUGAGAGCACAGUGAGUGAAGCUUAGUUGUGGAAGUCAAAAGAUUAUUUAUUAACAGAUCUUGCUCAAAAAUAAGAGAUCAACUUCUGUCUAUGCAAUUAUAAACCAAAAUGCAAAACAAGUCUCCCACUCAUUACUUUGAAAGUACUGAACAUUAAGGCAUUUCAUUUAAAACUAAAAUGAAAUAGCUCUUUUUGCUCAUCGCUCAAGUUGAACAGAAAAUGUAGUUGGCUGGCCAAUUGCAACCGAAACAUACCAGAGUCAUUUGAUGCCACAAGUGGUAUGAAGCAUGUGGAGCCGGUUUUCUCCAUAUGUUGUGCUCUCUGGUGUUCUUUCUCAAUUACAGCAAUCUGAAAUGAUAUGCACGUAUCAUCUUCAGAAAUAUAUUAAAAGGUUUUAUUCAAUCAAUGUAGCAUAACCAACAACUGAGAAAACCUUGCCAUUUUUGAAGCACAUUUAUUUUGAAACUAGUGAUAUGUUUUCAUGAAUUUAUCGAGUCCUAUCGAGAUAAACUGGUGCCUCUAGGUGGCAGUUCACAUUGUACCUACAAUAUUUUUUUAUUUUUGCUGAAUCUUUUUAAAAUGAAAUUAGAUUGCUGUUCAGAAAUGAACUCAAAGUGUUAGUUUAUGCCAUUCACUGUUUUCCACCUCAAAUCAUUACCUAUUUUUCAGCGUGUUAAUGGAAUUUUUAAGAAUUCAUGCUAAUUAUGCUCACCCUCUUUUAUUUAAAAUUUUUAACACCUCCUGUAUUAAUGUGGAUUCAGUUGUAUGAGUAGGAUUAAAAAUUUGUUAUCUGUGAUGUUUUUGUAGAGAAGUAUUUUAAAAUUGCACAAUAUAAAAGUUGAUCUUAAUUGAAAGUAUUUGAGGUGUUUUGAAUUUGAAUAUGUGUACUAUUGCACGUUUUUCCCCCCUUUGCCCUUGCUUUUCAUGUUAUAAUAUUCAAGAUUGUAAAGAAAUUAUUUUCAUAAGCAUUAAAAGAGAAACAAACAGUUUUAUAAUUUAAGUUUUGUUUUAUACUAUGCUUGUGUUUGUGGUAAUGUUGCGUGUAUAUUAUUUAUUACGUUGAAAUGCUUUUUAUGUUAUUAAUCAAAAAAAGAAAAAAAAAUGUACAUAAAAAAAUAUAUUUCUAGAAUUGAAGUUAUUUUGCAAUUGUGUAUGCUUUUGUCUUUGUUGUCUUAAAAUGCAUAUAAUUUUUGUGAUAUUGAUCAGAGAUGUAACAGUUAGUAAUAACUGUUUAUUUAUUUACUUAAACUAUUUUGAAAUUUUCUUCUAACAAAAAUGAAUUGCAAUCUUCUGCAAUAACAUACCAGUAUUUUGUUUUCAUUUUAAUUGAGUAUUUGAAGCAUUUUGAUGAAUUAAUUUAUUAUAGCAAAAUGUAAAAGAAACAAAUUUUAUUUGGUUACUCAUAAGAACUUAAGUGUGUUUGCAAUUUAUUUUUAAUUAGUAAUAUAUCAUACAGUAGCUUGCAAAUUAAUAAUUUUUAAACUAUUGCAUGGAUUAGAGGAUAAGGUUAUCAACUAUAAAACCUUUUUGAAAUUUUUAUUGAGUUUCUGAAUGCAAAGAGCAUUAAAUAUUUGCUUGGAUUGAAGCUGAGCUUAUCAGUAAAAUAUGUAGUCAUGUACAAAAUUCAGAUUUUUCUUGGUUCACUUUCAGCCAAAUUACAUGUCAAAUUUUAUGUCAGUGAAUAUGCAACUAAUAUAAGUGAAAGAAUGCAAACAUGAGAAAUUUAAUGUGAGUUAAAUCCAUAUUUAUGGUAUCUAAUGUAAAAAAUCAAGAAGUACUUGAGUUCUCAAAAAAUGUGGCUUGAACAGAAUAGUUAAGCUUCACCUUUCUAAAAAAUAACUUUGUUGAUAUUAUAAAUGCUUCAUUUACAGCAUUUGUGAAGGUUACUUUAAACUUUACUUCAAAUUUGAUGUUGACAUCAACUCUAAAAGUUCAUUUUUGAAAGCUUUUUUUUUUAAUUUUGUUUUUACAAUGUAAUGUAGUUAGUGAAAGUUUUUCUGUCUAUAGAAGAUUAAAUGCAUUUAUCUUAAUUGUUUGAAAUUUGGAUAGUUGAAUAUUUGAAUAUUAUAUUAGAAUAUUCAAUAUUUUUUUACAAAAUAAUUUUCACUGAAAGGUAAAAUUUAGAUUUGUGGUCAAAAUCAUUUAACAGAAGCAUUUUGUACUAUAAAAUUUAAGAUAAGUUAAAAAUCUGUGUGAAGAUUUUUAAAAUAAUCAUUAUAAUAUUAUUUUCAGUAAUAAGUAAUCAUUCAAUUUGUAACUUUAAAUAGAAAUUUAACAUCAUAUCACAUAACCUUGAUCAAAGGUUCUUUUAAUCUAUGUAAAACUAAAAAAAAACAAUGACUUUGGUGAAUUAAAAGUUUAAUUUUUCUGCAAAAAAAAAAAAAA